AUGGCAUGUCAGAGAGCCAAAGUUCCAGUCCCUCCACCUGCUCAUCGAGAAUUGUGCUGGCAGCAGUACGAAGUCGCACUUAAGAGCAUUCCGAGGAAGCUGGAGGUUCGGGGGGGACAGGUGGGGGGGGGGGGCGAGGGGGCGUCUCCGGGCGGAAGGGCGCGUGGCCUCCGAGGGGGCGUGGCACCGCCCUUCCUCCGCCUCCUCCCGCACCUCCUCCGCCCGGGGCGGCGCACGGCUGGAGCGGGGGGCGGCGCAAGCCCGGGAGGGCAGCCGCCCGGAGCCGCAGGGAAGCCGCUCGCCCGGCCGAAAGAGGGAGGGCAGGAGCCAGCCGAGGCCGAGAGCCGGACUCGGGGAAGGGGAGAGCCGGUCGCCGCCGCGCCCGCCAGCCUCGGCUUGCCGCCGGGCAGCCGGAGCCGAGGGGCCGCCCGCCCCGGGCCUCCCGCCGCCCCAUGGGCGCGCCGCGCAGUCCGAGGCGCUCCGGGCACCCUCCUCUGCUGCCUGCUCGCCGCCGCGUUUGCCCAGAGGGUCAAGGUUCGGGAUGAGGUCACGGGCUACGUGGGGCAGGAGGUCACCCUGCCAUGCCAUUUUGCAAGCACCAGCCCCGAUAUCAAGGUCAGCCAGGUCACCUGGGUGAAGGAGGCGGGGACGAAGAAGCAGAAUGUGGCCGUGUACCACCCAGACCACGGGCCCAGUUACCCGAUGGAGCGGGGCAGCGGGCGGAUCCGCUUCCAGGCCCAGUCCCUGCAGGAUGCUACCCUGGUCAUCGGGCCCCUGCGCAUGAGCGACGAGGGCACCUACACCUGCGAGUUUGCCACGUACCCGCUGGGGAAUGAGGAUGGCGUCACUCAGCUGAUAAUACUGGGUAAGGACACAAGUUUUGCACAUCUGAGUGUGCCUGUUCUUGCCGCGUGUGGGUACACGAUCCUGUCUGUUCUGCAUAACCCCGAACAAGGACUACAGCUCCCUCCUCAUUCCGCAUGA